CUGCGUCUUCCGCCAGGUCACGGUGUCCGCGGUUACGCGCACGCACGGUGUUGAGCGCUAGGCGGAGAGGAGCGCGAGGACUUCAGAGCUGAUUGAGACGGGGUUUCUACCGGAAACAGAAAUCAGUGAUAUCUCUCGGAGUUCCUCAGGACCGAACUAUGAUCGCAGCAUCAGUGGAGAUCCUGUAAACACUCAUUCAGAAUCACUUCCUACUGAGAAACACAAGGUGCCGCUGCCGUGAGGAACCAGGAUGCAGACCAUUAAGUGUGUUGUGGUGGGCGACGGGGCGGUGGGGAAGACGUGCCUCCUCAUCUCCUACACCACCAACGCCUUCCCUGAGGAGUACAUCCCCACCGUGUUCGACAACUACAGCGCUCAGAUGAGCGUGGACGGCCGUACGCUGAGCCUCAACCUGUGGGACACGGCGGGGCAGGAGGAGUACGACCGUCUGCGCACGCUCUCCUACCCACAGACCAACAUCUUCAUCAUCUGCUUCUCCAUCGGCAGCCCCUCGUCCUUCGCCAACGUGCGGCACAAGUGGCACCCGGAGGUGACCCACCACUGCCCCGGCGCUCCCAUCCUGCUGGUGGGCACCAAGAGAGACCUGCGCUCGGACGCGGAGACGCUGAAGAAGCUGAAGGAGCAGGGCCUGGCUCCCACCUCGCACCAGCAGGGCGGCGCUCUGUCCAAGCAGAUCGGAGCGGUCAAGUACCUGGAGUGCUCUGCGCUGCUGCAGGAGGGCGUGAGGGAGGUGUUCGUGGAGGCCGUGCGCGCCGUGCUCUACCCCGCUGCCAAGAAAAACGGCAAGAAGUGUGUGCUCUUAUAGUGGUGCGUGACGGAGAUGAACUCGUGAACAAGCUCUCGCUCUUUCUGAUUGGGCUUCGCUGACUUCUUCAUGUCUCUUUGUCUCGGAAAUCUGUCUGUGGAAGUUGCUUGCUUUAUUUUAGUUUUUAUUGAUCAAUAGCAGUUUGUUGCCAGUAGGGGUGUGAUGAUAAAUCAAUCCGACUCUGCAUCGUGAUUCUGAUUGUUAGUUUUGAGCAGCAGAUGGCGCUGCAUGCUUCAGAAGCAGCCGUUCUCCGCUCACUUCCUGUUCCUCUGCACCACUUAAAAUAAUCAUUCAGAAAGGUCAAAGAGGUUGAAGCGUAUUUCAAGAGUGUUCACAGUGUCAUAAAAGCUGAGGUGUAAGAACGUUUAGGCACUUACUAGACGAAAGCACAAGCGCUCUUCUUCAUGAGUGUUUGAGUGUGCCAUCUGCUGUGAAAAACUCCGCUCAGUCUUGAUUCCUGAAAGUCUCCGAAUCGAUCUAUGAAUGUAUUUAUCGUGUCAGCCCUAGUGAUGUCUGUGUGUGUCAGGAGCCUGUGCUCUUAGAGACAUGUGCAAUAUAAUGAAGACUGAACCAGGUCCACUCCCAGAGAUCCCUGCCCAUGUGCCUGGAUGUGUCUUCAGGAUGAUUUCAACAGCAGUAUUUGGACCGGGUGUGUAAAUCAGAUGGUCUGGGGCGCACUGUGUGAAUCUCCUGUAGAAAACUGCAGGAUAUCACUUACACCAAAGUCAGAAAAAAUAUAUAUUUCACAUAAAGAAAUUAAAUCUUUUUUUAAUGCAACCCCCCACAAAGAAAGUAGCUUCUCCAGAAACAAUUACAGAUUUUUUUAUAUUGUUUUAUACAUAUAUAUAUAAAUAUAUAUAUUAGUCUACAAAUACUGUAAUGCUGUACAUUUCCAGUUACAAAUGCCACAUGUCUUAAUAGUCCACAGCUAGAUAUUAUAAUGCUGAAUAUAUUUUGUUAGCUGUGAUUGUGGUUCAGUCCUCCUGAGACUCGUGCCUCAUGCUGUUUUCUGAGGGGCUGUGUCCCGCUGCUAAACUAGUGUUGGUACUGUUAGUUAGUGUGUCCUCUUCAGAGCCUCGGUGUGUGUGUGAUGGUCCAGAGUACAUCCAGCAUCUCACCUCAUCUCUCACGUGCAUCAGCCGUUUAAGAUGCCGCUAGCACGUGUGUGUGAUUUAGCUUUCUGAACUGGAAGUCAAAACUGACAUGUGUGGAAACCUGGGACUCGACAGCCAACUUUUUCUUUUUCUUUUAAUUGCCUUGUGUUUUUAACUUCUUGCUUUCUCUGAACUGUCUGCCAGACUUGACCAAAGAGUGCCUUUGGACACACAGAUGUUAACUGUCGUCUAAUCAUUCCUUCCUUCGAGUUCAUUGCCAGACUGGAUGUGAGAGAAGUGAAUCUGUGCAGACGCUGACGUCAGGAUCAGGUGUAUGCGAGUGAUUGUGUAGUGUCUGGUGUGUGGUACUACAUGUAUACACUGGGAACUCCAUUUUUGUCCAAAUUGCUUUUUUAUAACCAAAAGAAAUUGUAUAAAUGAACUAACGGUGAGAUGAUUUUAAAUUAUGCUGAAUAAAGGUUUAGACUCUCAGUCA